CCGCGUGAAACAAAGUGUGGUGUCCGCGAGAGCCCGUAGGAAGCGAAAAGAGAAGAGAAACCGGAGAAAGGAGAGAGAAAUGGAGCGGCUGCAUCCACCACAACAGGAGGAAUAAUAACCCACCGAAGAGAGACAGACAGAGAGAAAGAAAAGGAGGAGAAGCCGGGGGAGGAGGAGAAGACGGAGAAACUCAGACAGGAGAGGGGAAAAAAACAAACUUUUUCUUCGGGGAGAGACUCCCGGCGCACGGCCACGUUAUUAAACAUGGAUACACUUUUCUCUGUGUUCGCUGGACUCCUGGUUCUCUUCUCGACUCUUGGUAACGUCUCCGGUCAGAUAACGACAGCUCACAUGGGGCGCGCCGAGAAGGGGAGCUGUACGUUUGACGAGGGCUUCUCUCAGUGCGAUUACCAGCAGGAUCCCUACGAUGACUUCGACUGGACGCACAUCAACACGCAAGAAGUGCCAUACGUCUCACCGGACCUGCCGCAAGGUUCCUACAUGUACGUUGACGUCUCCCAGUACGAUGUCGGGGAGAAGGCCAGGUUUCAGCUGCCGGUCAUGAAGGAGAACGACACGCACUGCAUCGACUUCAACUAUCUCCUCACCAGCCCCGACGGCUCCAGCCCCGGCACCCUCAACGUCCUGGUGAAGGUAAACAAGGGUCCCCUGGCUAACCCGAUAUGGAACGUGACGUCCUACACUGGUAAAGACUGGCUGAAAGCCGAGCUCGCCGUCUCCACCUUUUGGCCCAAUGAAUAUCAGGUCAUAUUCGAAGCAGAGGUUUCGGACAGCAAAGCCGGCUUCAUCGCCAUUGACGACAUUCAGGUGCUCAGCUACCCGUGCGAUAAGUCCCCUCAUUUCCUGCGUCUCGGGGACGUGGAGGUGAACGCAGGACAAAACGCCACGUUUCAGUGUAUCGCCACCGGACGAGACACGUCGAACAACAAACUGUGGCUACAGAGGAGGAACGGAGAAGAUAUUCCCGUGGCUCAGACCAAAAACAUCAACCACAGGCGGUUCGCCGCCUCCUUCCACCUCAAAGAAGUCACUAAUCAGGAUCAAGAUCUGUACCGCUGCGUCACCCAAUCAGAGCGCGGCUCCGGGGUGUCCAACUUUGCGGGGCUUAUCGUCAGAGAGCCCCCGCACCCCAUCGCCCCACCCCAGCUGCUCGGUGUCGGCCCGACGUAUCUGCUGAUUCAGCUGAACGCCAACUCCAUAUUUGGAGACGGGCCUAUUAUCCUGAAAGAGGUUGAAUACCGUAUGACGUCAGGCAGCUGGACGGAGACUCACGCCGUGAACUCUCCCAACUAUAAGUUAUGGCAUCUGGACCCGGACACAGAGUACGAGAUCAGAGUGUUACUAACCAGACCGGGAGAGGGAGGGACCGGCAAACCUGGACCGCCGCUCAUUACCCGCACCAAAUGUGCAGAACCUAUGCGGACUCCAAAGAGGCUGAAGAUCGCCGAGACCAGGGCUCGUUUGAUCGCGGUGGACUGGGAAUCGUUGGGUUACAACAUCACUCGCUGUCACACCUUUAACGUCACCAUCUGCUACCAUUACAUGACUGCCAACAACCGCAGUAAAGCCGACUGCUUGGACAUGGACCCUAAAGCACCACGUCACCUGGUAGGAAACCUGCCACCGUACACUAAUGUGAGUCUGAAGAUGAUUCUGACAAACCCAGAGGGACGCAAAGAGAGCGACGAGACCAUCAUACAGACCGAUGAAGAUGUUCCAGGCGCAGUUCCCAGCCAGUCACUCCGAGCGACGCCAUUUGAAGACCGGAUCCUGCUUUACUGGAAGGAACCCUCUGAACCCAACGGAGUCAUCAUACAGUACGAGAUCAGCUACAGCGGUGUGCGUUCGUUUGACCCUUCGGUGCCUCUCCAGCGGCCGGGACUCACAGUGUCUCUGCCCUCAAACGCCACCCAUCACCUGUUUUCCCAGCUCCACCCAGGUGUGACGUACCAGCUCUCUAUACGAGCAUCCACCUCCAAAGGGUUCGGCCCCGCAACCACACUCAACGUGACGACUAAUAUUUCAGCCCCGACAAUAGAUGAGUACGACGGGUCGGAGGCCUUUCUGAAUGAAACUGCAACAACCAUCACUGUCCUGCUCAAACCUGCCCAGGCCAAGGGAGCACCUAUAAGCGCGUACCAGAUUGUGGUCGAGGAAGUGAAUCCUCAGCGGACGCGUCGUCAGGCUUCCUCCGACUGUUACGAGGUCCCAGUUUCUUACCACAGUGCAUCUAGCGGUGGAUCUCCAUAUUAUUAUGCCGCCCAGCUGUCCCCGAGCAACCUUCCCGAGCCGCUCCCUUUCACUGUGGGAGACAACAAGACAUAUCAGGGUUUCUGGAAUCCGCCACUGGCUCCAAGAAAGAACUACAACAUCUACCUUCAAGCUGUUAGCAGCACAGAGAGGGAAACCAAGACGCAGUGUCUGAGGCUGGCUAUUAAAGGUGCUACAGAGGAGCCAGAAGUCAUUCCCGACCCCGCUAAACAGACGGACCGCGUGGUGAAGAUCGCUGGGAUCAGCGCCGGCGUUCUCGUCUUCAUACUGCUGGUGCUGGUCGCCAUCCUAUUGGUCAAGAAGAGGAGGACCUACUAUUCAUACUCUUAUUACCUGAAACUGGCUAAAAAACGUAAAGACGCCAUCGGAACGACUCGUCAGGAAAUGACUCACAUGGUGAACGCCAUGGAUCGCAGCUAUGCUGACCAGAGCACUCUGCAUGGAGAAGAUCCCAUGGCUGUGACAUUCAUGGACUCUCACAACUACAACAACAGAUUGCCCAACGAUCCUCUGGUUCCUACCGCUGUGUUAGUUCCUAUCACAGACGAGAACCACAGCGCCUCCGCGGCGGAGAACAGCCGACUUCUGGACGUUCCUCGGUAUCACUGCGAAGGAACCGAAUCUCCUUAUCAGACGGGACAGCUCCACCCUGCCAUCAGGGUGGCCGACCUCCUGCAGCACAUCAACCUGAUGAAAACAUCCGACAGCUACGGCUUUAAGGAGGAGUAUGAAUUGGUGAUACAGAGCUUCUUCGAGGGCCAGUCGGCCUCCUGGGAUGUGGCUAAGAAGGAGCAGAACCGCACCAAGAACCGCUAUGGGAACAUCAUAGCAUAUGACCACUCAAGGGUUAUUCUCCAGCCCAUCGAAGACGACCCCUCCUCCGACUACAUCAACGCCAACUACAUCGAUGUAAGUGGAAACGCAUCGAAUGCUACUAUUGGCUCCCAACGAAACCAACGAAACCACACUCCCUCGCUCAUUUGGCUGUACAGGGAUGGCUACCAGAGACCAAGUCACUACAUCGCUACUCAGGGUCCUGUUCAUGAGACGGUGUACGACUUCUGGAGGAUGGUGUGGCAGGAGCAGUCGGCCUGCAUCGUCAUGGUAACCAAUCUGGUGGAGGUCGGACGGGUGAAGUGCUAUAAGUAUUGGCCAGAUGAUGCGGAGGUGUACGGAGACUUCAAGGUGACGUUUGUGGAGGUCGAACCUCUGGCUGAAUAUGUGGUUCGCACAUUUACACUGGAGAGGCGUGGUUUCAACGAGGUGCGGGAAGUCAAGCAGUUCCACUUCACAGGCUGGCCUGAUCACGGAGUUCCAUAUCACGCCACGGGACUACUUUCCUUCAUCCGCAGAGUUAAAAUCUCCAAUCCACCGUCUGCUGGGCCUAUUGUGGUCCACUGCAGUGCCGGAGCAGGGCGCACAGGCUGUUUCAUAGUCAUCGACAUCAUGUUGGACAUGGCGGAGAGAGAAGGAGUGGUCGACAUCUACAACUGUGUGAAGGCUCUCCGCUCCAGGAGGAUCAACAUGGUACAGACUGAGGAGCAGUACAUAUUCAUCCACGACGCCAUACUAGAGGCUUGUCUAUGUGGAGAAACAGCCAUACCGGUGUGCGAGUUCAAAGCUGCUUUCUAUGAGCUGAUCCGCAUCGACUCGCAGACCAACUCGUCACAUCUGAAGGACGAGUUCCAGACGUUAAACUCGGUGACUCCUCAGCCGCAGCCUGAAGACUGCAGCAUCGCGUUGUUGCCUAGAAACCAAGAUAAGAACCGCUUUAUGGACGGCCUUCCUCCUGACAGAUGCCUCCCCUUCCUCAUCACGAUAGACGGAGAGAGCAGCAACUACAUCAACGCCGCUCUGAUGGAUCUGUCAGAAGAGUUCCAGAGCUACAGACAGCCCGCUGCGUUCAUCGUUACCCAGCAUCCUUUGCCCAACACCGUCAAAGACUUCUGGCGUCUGGUUUACGAUUACGGAUGCACCAGUCUGGUGAUGCUGAAUGAGAUUGAUCUGGCUCAGGGUUGUCCCCAGUACUGGCCAGAGGAAGGCAUGCUGCGAUACGGUCCGGUCCAGGUGGAAUGUAUGUCCUGCUCGAUGGACUGCGACGUUAUAAGCAGACUCUUCAGAGUCUGCAACCUCACCAGGCCUCAGGAAGGCUACCUGAUGGUGCGUCAGUUCCAGUACCUGGGGUGGGCGGGGCAUAGAGAAGUCCCCGCGUCCAAGCGUUCCUUCCUCAAACUGAUCCUGCAGGUCGACCAGUGGCAGCGUGAGGGCGAGGAGGGCGAGGGAAGAACCAUCGUGCACUGCCUAAACGGAGGUGGGCGUAGCGGAGUGUUCUGUGCCAGCAGCAUCGUGUGUGAGAUGGCCAAGAGACAGAGCGUGGUGGACGUUUUCCACGCCGUGAAGACUUUGAGGAACAGCAAACCCAACAUGGUCGAUACUCCGGAACAGUAUCGGUUCUGCUACGACCUGGCACUGGAGUUCAUCGAGUCCUCCUAAACAAAGGAAAAGAAGAAGAGGAGGAGGAGGAGGAGGAGGUGAAGAAGAGCAAACAUCUUCUCACUUCCCGUGUGUUUGAUCCUUUGCUUUCGCUUGGUCCCGACUCCCCCCUCUGUGGCGGCCGUUCUGUAGCACCCAUUUUGCGUCCCUACGAAUGGCACAAGCGAAAAAAUCGGCCCCUCGUGCAGUGUUGUGAAGUAUCCAAACAAAGGGAAAAAAGACUUUUGACAGAAGGAGCUAACGGGAGUGCAAAACAGAGGGGAAGAUGCGACUCCUUUUACUCCUUUAUGCUUAUUGUACAGCUUUUUUGAGUGCCAGCGGGCUCCUGUAUGUUUUGGGCCCCCAUUUAAAUGUUUAUCGUCUCACCACACCCUCACAUGGACCUGAUGCCUCAUGCUGUUUCAGCUGCAGUACUCGAUGUGCACUGUAGAUGUCUCCCUUACCCCCUUUGCAAGGUGCAAAGCUGCUUUCGAAUAACUGCAAGUUUUCAGUGGCCCCCCCCCACAUUGCUCUCAUGCUAAUUUCUGAGUAACUUAACAGUGUUGGGCAUCUCAUCGUGGUGAUGUUUGAAUAUUUGCAGUACUUUUUGUACAAGAACAAGAAACUUUCAAAGUUAGAGCCUGGCCAAACUCUGUGAAUGCUUCUGUUUUCUUCUCCGUACAUCAGCAGCAUCUUAUAUUAUUUUUCAAGCCAGAACAUAAUAUAUGUAUUUAGGUACUUAACAGCCACUUUUGCAUUUGGUUACAGUCAGAUAUACAUAGAAAAAAUAACCUACUGUAAAUGUCAAUAUAAAGUUUGCUCAUUAGAUGAAGUAGUGUUUUAGAAACGAGACUGACGAUGGAACAAAAACAGAACGUUUACACAGGGGCUGUCAGGCGUUUGGAUUUUUUAUUUUUUGUUAUUAUUAUUUUUUUAUUUUUCAUGAAGUGGCAACUUGAAAAAUGUGUAGGAUUUUCACAAAAAACAUGUUUGUGUGAUAUGUGUCAUCACGUUUUUCUGCAGUGAGCUGCGGAGUUGAUUUCCUCUGCUUUUUGUUUGCAUCAUUUACUGAUCUGCUGGAUAGAAAGUCAUGUUUGUACCCCAAAUUAUCAAAAACACUUUUCUUUUUUUUCUUUUUUUUGUUCAACCAUGUGACAUUUAGCAUAAUCAUGUUUGUUUCAGGGCUGGGCCCAAUACACUUUCAAUUCAGCCAAUUCACAAAUGGGAUGUUUCUAUUGCAAACCCGAACAGAUUUUUAGGUACGAGGGAAUGUUAGAAAACAAAAAAGGUCAAUUAAAGUCUCCAUUUAUGCUUUGAAUGGAAUUGGAAGUGAACUGACCCCAGGCCUCGUUUGUUUCGUGCACUGGCGGCCAACACUUUUUUUUAUUAUUUUGUAGCUGAUGUUUAUUCAUAAGCCAAAGACUUUGUGUAAAUAUGUCUAUAUGGAUAAAGCACAUUGUUUGUAUUUAUUGUUUGUUUACUUGCAUUGCUUGUAAGAACAAUCAUUCUUCAUUCCAUGUUUACUCUACCACCAGCGAUUCUUAAACUAGGGGGGCGUUGUCGGGGGACGCAAAAUGGGCUGCGAAGUCUGUUUCCUCUGGAGAGUAUUAGUAUGAUUUAACGAGCCCAUAAUGGGUCCCGAGGUAAACGAGGCUACUUCUGCUCAAUUUGGGUCCAUGAAAAAGUUUAAGAACCCCUGAUAGAAGCUGUAUAUUAAAGCAUUAGAAGUAGUUUUUUCAGUAUUUAGGUGGAACUCAGUAGUAUUGUCUUGUUUUCACUUAAUGAAACUCUCUGUGAUGUUACCGUGGUUUCUUUGUGUAAAAGCCCCCAUUGUUCUGUAUGUGGUCAGUAGAACAUCAGUGCAUCUACAUGCACGGAGUAUUCUGGAUAACGGCUCCUGUCCCUCUUAACAUCUCGGUCGGGAUAAGCUGUUCAUCUUCAUCCUCGUAUCCUGCUCACCAUUAGCCCCUGAACACACGUCGAAACAGGCUUAGUGAGUGAAACACGCGGGACUGUGAAACGAAAAACAUUUAUCGUGCCUAAUCAUUUGAAUUUCUCCUCGUUCGAAGAAGCAUUUUAACAGCGUCCUAGAGCUUUGUCCGUUGAACGCGUUUCUCAUGGACGAUCAGUGUUUUGAAUAUUUUUUGGACCAUGAUUCAGCGUGCUUUAUUAAUCAGAUUGCUUCAUGAAUUCUUUGUGAGGCUUUACCGAAUACGGGAUGUGUUUCUGUUGUGGACAAACUGAUUCAUUGAAAAAAACAAAACAAAAAAAAACUUUAUUGUAAAUAAGAUGUUCCACUUGGCUGGAACAAGAAGAAGCCCCAGGUCUGCUAUUAAGGAUGUUAUUGUAAAUAGACUAUCAUGAGUACCAUAAAAAAAGGCUCUAUUGUUGGAUGAACAGUGGAGAUUUAGAUGAUGGAUGCAAUGUCAGAACAUUAGUUCUGUUGUAGAUAAAAAGAGAUUGUACUCCUUGAGGAUUCGACAUCAAAAUGUUGACGGAUAUUCUUUAAAAAGCAUUUUAGUUUCCACUGAAUAGAGAACUUUAUUCCGAUGGCGAAAACAUCAAUCUUCAUUUCUUUUUUUUUCCUCCAGACUUCUGGAGAGUGGAGAGAAAAUUCAGAGGUCCUACACAUGUUAACACAAGGACGAUGGGGGUUUGAUCUCUAAAGCAUGCAGAGAGAGAAACGUGAAGCAGUCAAUGACGAGAGUCUUAACAGAAAUUACACGCAGUAUGUCGACCUUCUCAACUACAAACUUUAAAGGGGAAAAAUUAAGGAGCAAAUCCUGUGCAGACGGCCACAGUUCCUCAUUAAUUAAUCAGAAGUAAUGGCCCUGAAGAGUAGUGAAUGAAGCGGAUGUCUGGAUGAGAGGCCAGUCUGAGUAAAGAAAUUGAUAUUCAUGGUUCAUAAUUAUUCUUGUCUGUAAUGUUUGGCUUCUUUGCUGUAAUAAAGACCACUUCUUUAA